AUUUACUCAUAAUUUACGUACUAAUAUGGAUAGACAAGAUACAUUCUCUCGCAAAGCAGCACUCAUGGCUCUUUCUGAAAAUCUCAAAUCUGCUGAGACCAUUGACUGUAUAGUAGCUGGAAUUAUAAUUUCAAAAGAUUACAGUAAAACUUUAAGUGUCCUGGAGUGAAUUUCAAACUGCCGCAAGUAUGCUGAAAAAUAUUCACUCAAAGAUGAGGGCAAGCUCCUCCUCUACAGAGACAAAAUUAUGGAAAUGAGAAAUAAAUCUGAGGCUAUGAACAGGGCGAAGAACUGAUUUGAAGGUUCCAAAGAUACUAGCCAACUUCCUGAAAAAUAAACGGGAAAUGAAAGCCAAAGAAAAACAGAUUGAAGAAGCCCAAGCUAGUCUUCCAGACCUCUCGUCCAGAGAAAGGCAGAAUUCAAGCUCGGAAGAAGAGAAUGGCGAACCAAAAUCCCUAGUAAUCCCUAGAAAGCAGAGGCUUGAUUCAAAUGGAAAAGUUAUUACUGAGAACGACAUAAAACUAGAGAAUGUUGAAAAGAAAAUGAAUGAUACUUCAGAGAAAGAGAUGAAUGGAAAUGAAGGCGUCAAUCCAGAAAAGAAGUCUAGCCAAGAAAUUGAUUCGGAAACUGCAAAAAUAGAAGAAAAGGAACCUGAAUCAAACCAAUCUCAACAGUCAAAUCAAGAUAGUUCAGCUCAGGAAGAGAACUCAAAUAAAGAGAAAGAUGACAAAGAAAGAGUGGAUGGUGAGGAAAAGAAAGAUAAUGAAGAGUCUAAAGAAGAGCAUGAAGAAGCUAAAUCAGAGCAAUCUUUACCAGAAAAUGUCAUCCCCCUAAAGCAAGUUCUUAAUCCACAAAUAAACACUCCUACUGCACCAGGGAUGAAGAAAGUCAAGAGAAAAGAAAGAAAAAAAAAGCCUAGGAAGAAAACCAGUGAACAAGUUCAGUCAAAAACUGAACUUUGGAGCUGGGAAAAACUUCUCAGUCAGAAGGACAAAUUUAAGAAGACUUCCAUAAAUUCUCUUCCAAGCCUUGAAGGGUUCAAUACUUGUAAAAUAUGCCAUAGCAAUAUUCAAAACGACUCUUGUAUUGUAAAUACAAUCUGAAUGCAUAUUUAUCAUCUGAAGUGACUCAUAAUCCAAUGUCAGAGAUAUCUUGCUAAGUCGCAAUAUCCUGAAGAUUGCCCUGCUAGGCUGUGUAAUAAGAGACUUGGACCUCAAGAAAUCACCAAGCAUCUUGAAUCGAACGACAGAAUCAGAUAUGAAGCAUUUUCUCUCCUCAGAAGUGGCCAAAUGAACCGUAAGCACCUAAUCUGGUGCUACAACUGCCGUCUAAUCUACGCUCAGCCACACAGCAGGUCCAAAGAAGCCAACGAAGAUUCCAAAGAAUCUGACCCCCACUCAAAAUCCAUUCAAAAUCUAAAAUGCCCAAAAUGCUCAGGAGUUAGCUAUGGCUUCCAAGACGCUCUCAAAUUUCUCGAAAUCGCCGGUAAGAAAAACAAAGUAACUGAUGAACAAUACAACGAGCGUAAGACCUUGGAUAAGUCCUUUUUGGCUGACUGCAGAAAGGUAGUGCUCAGGUGCACUAAGUGCUGGAAGAGAACCAAGAGAAUCCCUAAUUACAAUUACCAACUGUGUAAUUGUAAGAAGGAAGAACAUGUUAUUGACCUUGAAGAAUAAAUUUUCAGUUGUAUUAGUCCAG